AUGGCUGCGCCCGUGGAACAAGAAUUUGUGAACACGGAGCAGGUGAAUAAUGCAGAAGCCUACACCAGAGAUAAAUUCCGAGAGCAAUUUAAACGUUAUAAGAGAAAGAAACCUCCACCAGACCUCUGUGACGUAGUCGACUUUGCAAAAUCAGACCUAGUAGCACCGUUCCAGCCGGAGGUAACAUGUCAUUCCUGCAAGGACAGUUUGUGCCAGAGACUGGGAUUAAAACCUGUGAAUGAGUGGAGAUGUUUCUCUCUUCGAAAUGCUCGUGGUUUUGUGUACAUUGAGAAUCCAUUCAGACCGGGUUACCAGAGGUACUGGAUCAAGAGAUGCCUCCAGGACUACCCCAACAAACCCAAUGUAUGCAAUCUGGACAGCCAUACAAACCCUGGGAACAGGGAUGCACUGUGGGAUCAAAGCACAACUAACUCAAGCAAGAAGUGCCUGAUAGACCAGCUUCGAUGGGUAACUCUUGGAUAUCACUAUGACUGGACGUCCAAACUCUACCAUCAUGACAACCACACAGUCUUCCCUGAGGAUCUGAGUGCACUGUCAGGCAUCAUAGCGGAUGUUAUGGGGUAUCCGUCCUUCGAUACCCAAGCUGCUAUUGUCAAUUACUACCACCUGGACUCUACCCUUGGAGGACACACUGACCACUCUGAGUUUGAUCUGACAGCUCCCAUCAUUUCAUAUAGCCUCGGCCAAUCAGCAGUCUUCUUACUUGGAGGCAAAUCCAAAGAAACAACCCCAUUGGCAAUGUAUCUCCACAGUGGCGACAUCAUCGUUAUGGGAGGCGAAUCCCGCCUCUGCUACCAUGCAGUCCCAAGAAUUCUUCCUCCUGAUGGAUCAAGUAAACUUCCAGCUUAUCUGAACAAAGUAAAUCACAUGGACCUUGAUUGUUUGGAGAGCUCUACAAGUACAAAGGAACCAUGUUGUUGCAAUAGAACUCAAAAUUAUGAUUGUGGAGAAACUCAACACUUGAACAAGGGUAAUGAGAUGAAUGAUAGCCUGGAAUAUCAGUCUGACAGUGCAGCAAGGCUUGAUAGGCCCUCAAUAAGAGAGCACACCAGGCUUAAGGCUAGUGUAGAUUCAUACCAACAUGAAUUGACCUGCUAUCCAGCUGAACGUACCAGCGAUGCAGAUACUAGUUCCCAAGUGGACAAUUACAAUAAGGGUUGUGUUUCACUUGGGACAUGCCCAACCUCAAGUGAGCCCACUUGUACAAAGUCAGUCAUGUCAGAAGGCAAAGUAAACAAUUCUUCAUCAUAUUGUAGCGCCGAAGUUGUUCACAGGGAAGAUCCAACAGGCAUCAUGCCUCAGACCACCAGUCCAGAGCAAGACAGAACUCUGGAACCUGGUGCCAAGUUUGGAGGUAAUAUUAACACUGACGAUUCACAGUGUGGACUUGAUAGUACUAAUGUUCCCAACAGUGCCAUUGUUCUAGAGACUGUCCAAUCACUGCAAGGGGAUAUUUGGGAACCCUUUGGCGAGUUCAUGUCAAGAUCUCGUAUUAACAUCAGUGUGAGGCAAGUGACUGGCCAAGGUUGCAAUUUCCCUGAAAAUACUCUUGCAACCGUAGAGAGAACUUUGAAGUUGUCCACAUCUGAUUGUAUUCAAUGUGAUAUCAAAGAAGGAUCACAAUUUUCUGGAGUAAAAAGAAAAGCUGAUAGCUUUGACCAAAGUCAGACUUGAACAUGUCAUACAAUUCAACAUAUCAAACAGGCUACAUACAUCUGACCAGGGUUGAAAAUGCCACUACCCUGCAAGCCCGAGAUUAGUGGAUGGUCUUGUAGCCUGGCUGGUUUGUGGGGAAAGGAAAUAAGAACACAUUAAAUCAGAUACAUAAAUGCAAGAAACAAAGCUUUCAAUUAAUUAGUUUUCUGACAGUGAGGUUCAGUUCAUUUCACAUUGAUGUUUUUUUACUCCCCUGUGGUGAUUAGUUGGUAAUAAAACCAAGGAAUCUUCCAAAAGUUCCUUGCACUAAAAGCUGAAGGGCCGGUGAUACCUGUGAAGAAAAGAUAUGGAGAAUGAAGUUCAAGUUUGUAGGGGGGACCCAAGCUGGGACAAACCCAUGCAGUCAGUGACAGAACAAAAACCUAGACCAAUACAAGUUUCCCGUCUAAGGAGGGAUACAAAUGGAGCCCACAAAGGUGAAAGGAGGUGAAGAAUCCACCAAGCAAACAUGACUGCAUGUCAGAAGACUGAUUAGCUUUUAUAGAAACUGCAAACUUUAGUGGGGCUCAGUAGAUUUGUUUGUCGUAGCCCUCCUGGCUCAGUGACAUUCUUGUUAUUGUUAUUAUCUUCUUUAUAAAGCACUGGUUCUGCUGUACUUUAUCAACAGUUUGAAAGGGGGGAGGGAGAUGCAGUGGUUUAUGUUGAUGGGUAACAGCACUAAGGCAUACUAGAACUAACAAAAAAUUAAGGUCCCAACUUGCGUUGCUUACCAUGGAAUUCUGCACACUGCAUUCUGCCAUGGGCCAUAGGAGAAACGUGCCUUAUACAGGGCAUGGUUUAUAAGCACAGUAUUCGUUGGUAAACAGCACCAUGAAAUUUAGCUCGACCCACACCACUGCAUCCUCGAAUAAUUAGUUUUUAAAGCCAUUGGACACUUUCGGAACAGAAUUUUUUUUUUAAGUUCACAGAUUUACAAAUAACU